AUGGGGCCAAAUACACAUGAAAAUCAGCUUCACUUCGAUAUAAUCAUCGUUGGCACUGGAUUCGGUGGUCUAUAUGCACUUCACAAGUUUCGCGACCACCUCAAAUUACGUGCUCGUGUCUUUGAAAAAGAAUGUGGUGUCGGAAACCCACACCCUCAUCCUCAAGCUAUAUACUCACAUAACCUCUGGACUAUUUUACAAUGGCAACAGCAAGACUAA